UGCUUGCAGCUUGUUUUAAAACUUACAGGUCUGAGACUGUGUGUGGGAGGAUGUAUUUGGCAGGAAAGCCUAGAUAUGGAAACAACUGAUGAAGAAACAACUGACAAUCCAGAACCAAGAAAAUGUAAGACAAAUUCUUCAGUCCCAUCUUCGCCUGUCAGAGAGAGAGAUUCACGCAAAGGGAAUAAAAGACAGAGAUGUGCGGUGCCAAACAGUGAUUCCCCUUCCUCAUCUAAUCAUGAGGAUUUUGAGAUCCAGAGGAAGAAGAAAAAUUUAAGAAGCUUUCAGAAAGGUGACUUAAAGGGAGUUGACAAGAAUACCAGAAAAAUUGGAGCCAGUCUGGCUGGUGUUGAGCAAAUGCAAAUAGAUGCAGUACAAUUUGAUGGCGUGGGUGGUCUUUCUGACCACAUUUCAUCUUUAAAGGAGAUGGUCAUUUUUCCCUUGCUUUAUCCAGAAAUCUUUGAGAGACUGAAAAUUGAACCUCCAAGAGGCUGUCUAUUCUAUGGUCCACCGGGGACUGGAAAGACACUGCUUGCUCGUGCACUUGCUAAUGAAUGCAGUCAAGGUGACAUGAGAGUAACUUUUUUUAUGAGGAAAGGUGCUGAAUGCUUGAAUAAAUGGAUAGGAGAAUCUGAACGACAGCUUCGUUUAUUAUUUGAGCAGGCCUACCAGAUGCGACCUUCAAUUAUUUUCUUUGAUGAGAUUGAUGCUCUCGCUCCUGUACGGUCUGGUAAACAAGACCAAAUUCAUAGCUCUAUUGUGGGGACACUUCUGACACUUAUGGAUGGCUUAGACAGCAGAGGAGAGAUUGUGGUAAUUGGAGCUACCAACAGACCGGAUUCUAUAGAUCCUGCCUUACGAAGACCUGGACGCUUUGAACGAGAAUUCCGCUUCACCUUGCCAAACAAAGAGGCAAGAAAAGAGAUUUUCAAAAUUCACACACGAGACUGGAACCCGAAGCCAUCGGACAAUUUACUUGAAGAGCUGGCUGAAGUAUGUGUUGGAUAUUGUGGUGCUGAUAUUAAAGCCUUAUGUGCUGAAACUGGCCUCUGUGCUUUGCGGCAUCGCUAUCCUCAGCUGUAUGAAAGUAGAGAGAGACUGCAGAUAAACAUGGAUUUGAUUAAAAUAAAAGCAAAUUAUUUUUCCAUGGCCAUGCAGAAGACUGUUCCAGCUUCACAGAGGGCUGUGCCUUCCCCUGGGCGAGCGCUAUCAGCUAUUUCAAAGCCACUGUUAAAAAACACACUGGAAAGAAUUUUACAAGCCUUGCAGAGAGUAUUUCCCCAUGCAGAGCUUGCACUAAAGAAGAGCCAACAGCAAGGAAAUUAUGUGAUUGACAGUGAUGAGGAAUCACCACCAAUCUCUGAAGAGAAGCCAACUCAUAAAACACCUGAUCACGAAAAGGCAGAAUUCCGCACUUUCAGCAGAAAUCCUCGUGACCAGCCAACCUCUUACAGGCCACGGUUCUUACUAGUUGAAGAGCCAGGAUCUGGGCAAGCUUUUGAUUUGGCAGCUGCAGUAAUACAUACCCUUGAAAACUUUCCAAUUUAUACACUAGACACACCAACUUUGUUUGUUAGCACAUCACCAGAUGAAACAUGUAUACAGUUGAUGCGAGAAGCCCAAAGAACAGCACCAAGUAUCAUAUAUAUCCCACAAAUCCCUUCCUGGUGGGCGACUGUUGGACCUACACUGAAAUCUGUUUUUACAACACUACUGCAGAACAUCCCAAGGUUUACUCCAGUUUUGCUCCUUGCGACAUCUGAUGUGCAAUACAGAGAUCUCCCAGAAGAGAUAAAAGCAUUGUUUAAUAAUGAAUAUGAAGAAGUUUUCAAAGUCCCGCGGCCUACCUGUGCUGAAAGAAGACAUUUUUUUGAGGACUUAGUUAUGAAGCAAGCUGCUCAACCUCCUGCAUCAAAAACCAACACAGCUUGGCAACCAUUGGAAGUCUUGCCCAUAGCACCACCACCUAAGCCUCGACAGCUGACAGAGGAAGAAAUAAGACAGGUGGAGGAGCAGGAAGAGGAUACAUUGCGUGAACUUAGAAUUUACUUAAGGGAUGUGGCUCAUAGACUUGUCAUUGACAGACGUUUCAGACCAUUUAUGAAGCCUGUUGACCCAGAGGAGCCCAUGGACCUCUCAACAGUUCUCUCCAAGAUUGACAUGCACCAGUAUCUAACUGCAGGAGAUUUUCUGAAGGACAUUGAUCUAAUCUGUAGCAAUGCUUUAGAGUAUAAACCAUAUGAAAGUCCUGGAGAUUGCCUCCUGAGACACAAAGCUUAUGCUUUGAGUGAUACUGCAUAUUCCAUAGUGAGGCACGAACUGGCUAAAGAUUUUGAACAACGCUGCCAAGAAAUUAAAGAAUCUCGUAAGGAAAGAGAUAAGUCAAAAAGAAAACACAAAACGAAGGAAGACUCUUCCAGUAUUGCAGCAAAGAUGAAGAAUGUUCAGUUUGCGUCUUCCCAGGAUACUCCUGUGGAAGAACAUGAAAAUGUACUUCAAGGACAACAGAAAAAUGGGACAGAAAAUGAAAGAGAGAAAGUGACCCUUGUGGCUGAAUCUCCUACUGAAAGGAAGAGUGUCGUACUUCCUGAACAUUCAGACCUAAGAAAGACGAGUGGCAUGCCGGAUUGGCAAAAAGCUGGAACUUCUGAAGAUGGACCUUCAAAUGAUUCACAAGUACGUCAUACAAAUUAUGCGGGACGUUCUCAGGUGGAUGAGCAACCGCGAGUAUGUGACAGGAAAGCAAUGAAAAUUCCCACACAGGGAGUGUCUGUGGAUUACUCUGAGCUCAAACAAGUAUUGGAUUCUAUUAUUGUGGCAACUGAAAACGUCAGUAUAUCUUGCAUGGAAAGACUUUAUGCUGUUCUCAGCCAGUGCAUUUACCAACACAGGGAAGAUGAUGACAAAACUGAAUUAGUGAAGGCAAUGAAGAAAGAAAUUGCUGCCUUAAAUUAUCUCUGAUACUUGACUUCAGUAUACUUUAUUUGACACAUUCUGAAGUUGAUGUAUGGCUCCCAAAUAGAUAAAUUAUGUAUAACAUCUCAGUAAUUGCAGCAACUAUAGAAAAAAAGAAUAAAGAAACUUCUUUCAGUACAUAACUGAAACCAGACAUAA